AUGCAAGAAACCAACGUGAAGGACCCCAGACUCUCCGCAUACAACUACUUCCACAACCCUGCGAUCGAACGGAAAUAUACAAAGACCGGCCCUCCUGAAGCACGAGGACUGGCCACCGUCUACCUCAAGGGGACCGUACCACAUGCCCAAAUUGAUAUGCAGAAAUGGUGCACACCAGACCAGGAAGUCACUGCGGUGCGCACACUCAUAGACAACAAUAAGCUCAUCCUCGUGUCGGCGUACGUCCGCCCUACCGCCGAAGACCCCAACUUCAGUUGGAUAGAAGAGUUACGAACGGUCUACCCAGACGAUAGGAUGGUCAUAGGCGGCGAUUUUAAUGCGCACCACCGGGAGUGGGGCUACGACGACGAUGACCAGAGAAGGGCCAGAUUACUAGAAGCUUACGAGAAGGCGGGUCUCGAGCUCGCGAGCGACACGCAUGAAAAGACGAGAGUAGGCACCUCGGCCAACCAGCAGGACACCAACCCCGACCUAACCUUAGUGGACUCAAGAAUCGAGGGGAUGGAGUGGUCGGUGUUCCCCGACGCGUGGGGCAGCGACCACUACCCCAUAGAAAUAUCGAUCCGUAUCAAGAACAGGGCCAAGGCCAAGAAAACUGUGGUCACAGUCCUCUGGGACAAAUUCAGAGCCCUUUUACGCGCCCAAAUUGACGAAAACGACAUGUCGACAAAACUCUGCGCCUUGCUAGUAGCCUCCACGAGGGAAGCCUCGACCAAGAAGGAGGUGAACUGGGACUGCCCCACACCGGACACCCACCUCCUAUCCCUGUGGGACCACCGCACGCGCAAACUCACAGAGUACAGAAAAACCAAAGAUCGGAACACACUGAAGGAAGUGAACAGAAUCACCGCCGAAGCAGAGGAAUAUGCACGAAAGCUCAGAGUGAACGAGUGGCUCGACCAUUGCGCUUCCUUUGACCAGCGUACGUCGAUACGCAAGCUGUGGCGCACCUUCCGAGGCAUGCUCGGUAUCACCAAGGUCCGCAACACGAUAGAAAACAUGGCCCUAGCCCUGGACAAGCCCCUCGAGGACCAAUCUACACUCUAG